AUGGCAUCCUCGGACCAAUCCUCAAAUACUGAGUCUCAGCCAUCCAUGAUCGCGGGUCACGCAAAGUACGUCCAAGGUGCCAUCUCCUCUGCACUGGGCUACGAGACCGGCGAGCAAACAAAGUCUGAAGCGGUCAAGGAAAUGAAAGACGCACAGUCGCAGUCGUCGUCAGACAGCGGCCCGCCCACGAAAUCCCGCGUCUUGGGUGUUGUCGAGAACGCCGCCGGCAAAGUCACGGGCUGUGAGGGCAUGGAAGCCGAGGGCCAGCAGCGUCUUCCACAUGGAGCGGGUGUUGAGGAAACCAAUGGGACUGGUUGA